AGUUCCAGCUGAAUAGACUCCCAGUGUGUGAGAUGCACCAUGCAAUAGACAAGCUACAGGACGUUAGACUAGUGUUUCCAGAUUUAGAUCAUUCUAUUUCCAUUCCUUGGACACCGAGGAGCAUGGGAAGGAACUUGGAUGGGCAGUGGAGUGAUAAGCUAGAUGCCAGACUAAAUACCAAACAAAAAGAGGCAAUUGUUGCAAUGACAACCUCCCUGGAGAUAGAGCUGCCCCCUAUUCUUUUGGUCGGUCCUUAUGGGACAGGGAAGACCUUCACAUUGGCUCAGGCUGCUAAACAGAUAUUACAGCAAGAAGGCACCAGAAUACUUAUUUGUACACAUUCAAAUAGUGCUGCAGACCUGUACAUAAAAGACUACUUCCAUCCAUAUGUAGAGGACAAUCACUUAGAGGCUAAACCACUUAGAAUCUACUACAGAAACCGCUGGAUACAGACAGUGAACGAGACUGUGCAGAAGUACUGUUUGAUAGAUCCAUCUUUUAAUUUCCGCAUGCCUACCAAGGAGGACAUUGAGGGGCACCGAGUUAUUGUAGCAACUCUCAGCACAUCAAAGUACCUGUAUGAUAUUGGAUUAGAGCCUGAUUGUUUUACCCACAUAUUGCUGGAUGAGGCAGCCCAGGCAUUGGAGUGUGAAACAAUCAUGCCACUGGCUGUGGCCAGCAAGAAGACAAGAAUUGUGUUGGCUGGAGAUCAUAUGCAGAUGAGUCCAGAGGUUCAUUCUGACUUCACAAGGGGCAGGAAUUUACACAUCUCCCUGCUAGAAAGGUUGUACGACUUAUACCCUGGAGAACAGCCCUGCAAAAUCCUUCUUUGUGAAAACUACAGGUCUCACAAAGCCAUAUUGGAUUACACCUCAGAACUGUUCUAUGAUAACAAACUUGUAGCUGGAAGUAAGCAGCCAAGGCAUGAAGUGUUCUAUCCCCUGUCCUUCUUUACUGCCAAAGGAGAAGAUGUGCAGCACCAGAAUAGCACUGCAUUUUAUAAUAAUGCUGAGGUGUAUGAGAUAGUGGAAAGAAUCUCGGAACUGAAGAAAAUGUGGCCCAAGUCCUGGGGUUCACAAGAUGAUGGUGCCAUAGGAGUAGUGUCUCCAUAUGCAGACCAGGUAGUUAGAAUAAGGUCAGAACUUCGCAAAAGGAAGAUGGGCGGAGUUUCAGUAGAGAGAGUCUUCAAUGUUCAAGGAAAACAAUUCCGUGCCAUAUUUUUGAGCACUGUCCGUACACGUAACACCUGUAGUACUGAUACCACAAUGGAGGAUUUUAUGGACUUUGGGUUCUUGUCUAAUGCUAAACUUCUCACCACUGCCAUCACUAGAGCCCAGUCACUGGUAGCUGUGGUGGGAGACCCUGUGUCACUGUGUUCUAUUGGGAAGUGCAGAAAAAUCUGGGAACGCUUCAUUGAAGUGUGCAACCAACACAACAGCCUGUAUGGAAUGACAUGGUCCCAGCUACGAUUGCAACUGGAUGGAGUAGAACUGAAGAAGACCUACGUCUUGAAUCCUCUGGCUCCAGAGUUUGUUCCAAACAGGCUACGUCAUGGGGACCCAUUGUCUGUGCCUGAGGGAGUGAAAGGACCAUAUGGGCAUCAUUUUACUGGGAAUGCUCUAUACAAAUAUAAACAACAGCAACAGCAGAUGGCAGCUGCACUGACACAACCAUACUUGUUCUCCAUGCCUCCUACACUUCUGUCACACCCAUACUACAUGGUGCCCCCAUACAUGACUGCUCACAACAGAGCCAGGGGGACUCAUCAUCUGGUGGCUGAGGGAGGUAGAGGAACCUCUCCAGGCUCCUCCCCUGUCAGGUCGCCCCCGCGUUCUGAGUCUCAGGACAAGAAAGGAAUGGGGUCUCCAAGGUCUGGAACGCCCACACCCAAACCAGAUGACAAGAGCUCCAAGAGUGCAUCACCUGUCCCUCUGGGGCUUGGUGUCAAUACUGCCUUGCCAGCUCAGUCAUUUCCACUUCAGUUUAUGCGCCCAGGAAUGGUCCAAGUUGACUACAGAGCUUUAAUGAAUAUGUACAGAAUGCAGGGGCCCAUGUCACCAGGACAGGGGUUUAUUCACCCACAGACAAUUCCUGUUGUGCCUCCCAGGGUGGCGUACCCCUUUGGUGCCAUGCCUCCCCAUUUGAGGCCCCAUGGAUCACCUCCAGGGAUGAUGCAGAUACCAACAACUGGUGCUGCACAGUCACCACCUUCAUCAUCUCCACUGGCACAGAGAACUGAUGCUACGCAGCCGCCUGUUGUCAAUAUGUCUCCAGGACGAGCCAGCCCCAUGGCUGGUUCUCCAAGAAGUGCACCCCAGUUCACUCUGUUACCAAAUGUAAAACAUGUGCCCCCUCAUCUUCUGGAGCAGACACAGCAAGAGGAUAUGACCAAAGAACCUCCAGUUAUGAGAUACCCAAGGCCCCCUGACAUGGAGCCCUACUACAAUGGCACUGGUGUGAAUCACCAUAUUGAUACUGCAAGGCAACACCAGACAACACUGCAGCAGCAAACUCCAGAGAAAAGUUACAUGGCAGAACAGUUCAGUCAACAGAGGGCUCUGUACAGACAAAUGGAACAGACAGAGUCCUCUGAACCAGUGUCAUAUGAAGAAGAAAUGAAAAAGCCACCCUGGUUGAGGAGAAGGCAAUAUGCUUCUUUGGUUAAGACGCCAGGUGGAGAUCAGCAGGAGAAUGGAGAUGCCAGUCCCCAACCCAGCCCUGUAGCAACGCCGGUUACAAGACAAGAUAGUGCGUCCUCUGAUAUUCUUGCUCCGUCUGAGAUAGACAAUGUGGUGAAGUUCAUUACAGAUGAUGCUAGUACAGAAAGUGAAUUGGGGAAUAUCCACAUUGGACACACGGUCCCAAGAUUGAAGUUGAACACUUUUGCAGCAGCAGCUUCAGGGGCGGCAGCAGCAGUGGCACCACCUAAGAUUGACAGGCAGUUGCCACUGUACAUGAGAGGUAGUCCUCAGUUGGAUGCUAGCUCUACUUCUACACCACCCCCUACAGCUGUGCCAGAGUCAGCCGAGGCCACUUCAGGUAGCACCACACCACAGCUGGGCCAGCUGACCUACGCCAGCGUGUUAAGGCGCCAGACUAGCUCUCCUUCAUCACCGCUCCCUCACAGGGUAGAGCCAAGAAACAACCUGCUGGAUCCUCCUAACAAUCUUCUCCCAAGUCCUGUGUCACCAACAACCCCUGCGACUUUCCAGGAGUCAUGGAGGUUCCCUUCUGUUACUUCCCCGACAUCAGCAGAACCCGAGAACAAUCCUUUGGAGUUGCUGAAAAAUCUGAAUAUCAGAGCUUCUCCUGCCACACAGGCCAUGUACAACUAUUUUUCCUAAAGGAGGACUGCUGCUGUGAUUUUAGGUGAAAUGUUUGACUUUAAAAUUAGACAUAUAGACAUUUGAAAGAAUGUAUCUUAGACUGAUCAGAGUGAAUUUAGUCUAGUUUUACAUUAAUUGCUGUGUGGAAAAAAGUUGGAGUAAGAGAAGUAAGACUUAAUUUUUUUUUACAAAAUAAAUUUCAGUCCAGCACUGUGUAAAAUGUUUGAAAAAAAAACACAAAAAGCAUAAAACAGACGUAAGUCAAUAAAAACAAGUACAAAAUACCAAAAAUAUGAUAAAAAUGAAGUUUUUAAAAUUAGGCUAGUCACAUAUUCAAGUGCUUUGUAGCUUGUAACAUUAAAAAAGAAAAAAAAACAAUGUGUAAAUAGUAGUCUAUAUAUAUGUACAAUACAGAAGGUGAGUAAAUGUCAGUCUUUAGUGCUUAUAAUACAAAUUGUACAGAAAUGCCCAUUACAUGUAAGCCAUUUAAAAAAAAAGUUAUCAGUGUUUAUUGGAUGAAUGACUGUUGUCAACUACUAAAUAUUGCAUGUAAACAUUAUUUUUCUAGUGCAUGUGUGUAUAGUGUCAAAAUUUGGUCACUGAUUAAUAUUGUACUUUGGGUCCAACCUAUAUUUAUUUCUAUAUAAAUGUGUGUUAGUGUGCAUGUAUAUACCUGGGACCAUGUAUGUAUUCGCUUUUGUUAGCUUGAUGUUCUGCAGGUAAGGACAUUUGUUAUGCUGCCAUUCUAAUGGAUAUGGACUAGUCAGUAGUGUGACCUAGAUAUAAGCUUUGAUAUGACACAUUAGAAUAAUUUCUAUAGCGAUUUGUUAGCACUGCCUUUGUUAGUUGAAUAUAACAACUUAUUGAAGUCUCUUCAACGGAAUACCUGAUAUUAUAAAUGAAAUUAUUGGAGGAAUCAUUUUGUCAUUUGGUGGAAAUGUUCUGUUAAAAUCAUAAUCUGUCAUUAUAGUUACUGCAUUUCUUUGAAUUAUUAAUUUAAUAGUGCUUCUUUUGAAGUUCACGUUUUAAAGGCUUUGGUUUUAUGUAGAUUGUAACUUGAAAGAAAAAUGCAGUAGCUAAUCAGGAGUGAAAUGAUGGAAGUUUACAAGGUGAGAGUUGGAUUAAGGAUUUUAUCUUGAUUGAAUGUUUUUUGUGAAAUUUUGAACAAUUUGUACAGUUAAAUAAUUCACUUGAAAGGUUAAAUAAGUUUGGAGAUGUCUGAUGCUUUUGAAAAGCUACUGCACAAAAAAAUGCAUACUGCGCUGAUUUUUUUUUUUUUUUCAAAUUAUGUAGUCAUAACUAAAAAGAUUUGUGGCUAAGACUGAUAAAUGUGAAGGAAACAAUAACAAAUUACAUGUGGUGUGAAAAUCAGUCCAAGUUCUUUAAUAGCAAAGGACUGGUUUUUUAACUCGAGCAGUUUCCUUUGGUCUAGAAUGCAGCACGUUUAGGCAGUUGUUUAGUUGAAAGGUUGGGAGAUGAGUGAAGGUGACAAAAGCAUUACCCAUGUCACAAAUACAGAAAUAAAGAAAAGUAUAUUUUGCUGCAAACUGAGUUUAUUUUUAAUUUAUUUCCUUUUUUGAUGCACUUCAAGUUCUAUUUUUUUAAGUGCACAGUCUGUAAAUUUCUUA